AUGAAGCAUCGUUGUCACAGACACAGGCUCAGACAACCAGUGGUGGAGGAACUAACCACAUUGUUGAGUUAUCUGCAAACGUCUACCCCACCCCCUCCCAGAACUGCUUUUUUUUUAUUUUUUAAACAGUGCAUCAUAUCAAAACAUCUGAAAGUAAUUCUCUUUCCAGAGUCACCUGAGGAUGACGUGGUGUAUGCUGCUGUGGUCCAUAAGGCUGAUCACACAAAUCAACCAAACCCUCCUACAUUACAGUCCCCUGCUGACUCUUCCCCCAAAGGGUCAAAGGGCAUCAGGAGGCGUGGCCUUCUCCUAUUGGCUGUGGUGGUGCUCAUUCUUAUCCUGGGAGUGGCCAUCAGUCUGAGUUUAUACUAUUCUUCUCUAAACACUACAACAAAUGCUGCCAGCAAACAACAUACAAAACAGGACAAUGGACACACAACACAAAGUACAACAUAUUCAACAUCAGAAGAAAACAAAUACACAAAUCCCACAGCUGGAUGUCAGUCUGCUAAAUGUAACGAUGGCUGGGAAGCACAUGGCAGACAGUGCUACUUCUUCUCUACAAAGUCUCUAAUCUGGACUCGGAGUCAAGAAGAAUGUGUCCAUAAGAAGAGCCAUCUGGCAAUCAUAAAUGAGGAAAAAGAGCAGAAUCUGUUAAUGGGGAUAAUCAGAGAAAAAAUGCAAGGUCCUGAGGACAAGUUCUGGAUCGGUCUGAAUGAUAGACAGAUGGAAGGAAAGUGGCUAUGGGUGGACAACACUCCUCUUAAUACAAACCAAAAAUUCUGGUUGAAUAGACACGAGCCUGAUAACUGGAAGGGUAAAAAUAAUGAAUAUCUUAAUGGAGAGGACUGUGUACGGAUGGGAGAGAUCAACUUUAUUGCCAAUAGUGCAGCAGGCUGGGUGGAUACAGCCUGUGAGAGAAAGUUCAAAUUUAUUUGUGAAGUUGAAGCUUGCUUAUGAUCACAGAGCAUCAUACAACUAAUUUCCUGUAGUCUCAUAGUCAAUAUCAAUGACAUCAAUAAACAUCUUUAUUACUGA